CCGAGUGACGGUACGUGAUAUAGUUUCAUUAUCUGCUUACAGUCGAAAGGUUGCAGAAUUCAUUAUAAAAAAUCCUGUGCAAUUUUAAAACAUGUCGUCAAGUGUUCUUUUCCUCUGUUUGUUUUUGUUGAUUCGAAACACCUACCAAACGAGUACAAUAAAUGGAACCAUCGUCAAGACCGUAUUGUGUAAUGAAAGCGGAGUACGAUGUACGGAUGAUUGUUCAACGUUGCUAGUUUGUGGCAAAGACGAAAUUACUCCGCUAAGGACGGUUUUCUGUCCUGACACAUCUCUAGACACACCGUAUUGUACGAAAAAUGCAUGCUCAUCAUCGACAAUCGGAACGUGUUCCGCCAAAGUGACUUCCAUUUUUAAAUGCACCGAGAGUGGCAUAUUCCCAGAUCCCGACGAUUGCACACGGUAUCGCCAAUGCAACGAUGUGGGAAUAACAGCCGACUACUAUCAGUGUCCCGUUGGAUAUAAUUACAAUUCUCUAAUUGGACUUUGUGAUAAGACUGCUGUGUGUGAUACCAUUGAUUGUUCUGGAUCGAAAGUGGAAGCAGUUACAUUUAAGCUAAAUCCUCGAUUCUAUGCAUUCUGUUACACUACCGCAACUGCAAGACGAAUCAGAAGUCCCAUUUAUCAGUGCAAUGCUAAUUUGAUGUUCAGUACGAAGGCGAACACAUGCGUUUAUCAAUGCGCUUCAGCCGGAGUUUUCAAGGAUCUUACCAACUGUCAUGCAUUUUUUUCGUGUUCGGGAUCGGUUUCGAAUUUGAAAUGGGUGCGGAAAGUGUGCCCGACAAAUUUCUUUUUCGAUGGGACGGAGUGUGUUGUGGAAAAAUCGCCUUGCAGUGCAGUUUCUACUCCAUCAGUUGUUGAAGAUUCUAGCACAAAUUCCAAUGACACCACAGACGCUACUUAUUUGUAAAUCUAUCUGCUAUACCAAAUCUGUUCGUUGGAAGUGGUGGUCGUUCAACUAAGGAGAACUCGAUUUCGUUAGUUCUACAAGCAAAGUUUAGAUGUAAAAUUGACUAGACGUUAAAGUCUUAUUGAAACUGUGUGACAACACGAAGUGACGUAAAAAAUAAAUUUUGCAAGACAUUAAG